AUGAUCAUGUUCACAGAAGCUGAAGUUAUGAGUUUUUCAUACGCCGUUGAUUUUGGAGUUCCCGAAUGGCUCAAACUUUACUAUCACGUCAUUUCCGUGGUGUCAACUGUUAUUUCAUUUUUCUCAAUGUACAUAAUUUUGUUUCAAAGUGGGAAAAUGGAUGGAUAUCGAUUCUAUCUAUUUUAUAUGCAGUUUGCUGGAUGGUUGAUGGAUCUUCAUCUAUCUACUUUUAUGCAGUUCAUUCCAUUAUUCCCAGUUUUUGGAGGAUAUUGUACUGGACUCUUGACUCAAAUUUUCAGAAUUGACGAUUCAUUUCAAACGACAUAUACUGCAUUUACCAUUUGCUUGGUAGCCAGUGCUUUGAAUAGUUGCUUUGUUCGGAAGCAUCAAGCAAUUUCUAAAAUCAGCUCUAAAUAUCUUCUCGAUAAUGUUACAUACUGCAUUGUUAUAUUUCUACUCAAUAUAUAUCCAGUUAUUGCUGCAUCUUUACUUUAUUUGAGCAUGCUCAAUAAGUCCGAACAAGUUGAAUUGGUGAAAUCGGUUUACCCAAAUCUCGUUGAUAAAUUUGCAAGUCUACCAAACUACGUGGUAUUUGAUUCCAAUAUAUGGGCAAUUGUAUUCUUUGCAUUCAUAUUUUUUGGUUGUACAUAUACACUUGUUUUGAUUGUCACAACUACUUAUCAAAUGUUCAAAAUAUUAGACGAUAAUCGAAAACAUAUCAGUGCUUCAAACUAUGCAAAGCAUCGAGCCACUUUGAGAAGUCUUUUAGCUCAGUUUACAACGUGUUUCUUGAUUGUUGGUCCAGCGUCUUUGUUCUCUUUACUGGUAGUUAUAAGAUAUGAACAUAGUCAAGUAGCAACACAUUGGACCAUUGUUGCUCUAACUCUCCAUUCCAGUGCAAAUGCAAUUGUAAUGGUUAUCACAUAUCCUCCAUACAGACAUUUUGUAAUGCUAUGGAAAACGAACAGAUCAUUCCACUUCGCAUCAUCUCAAUAUCAACGGUCUACUCUCCCGAAUACAAGAAUUCAAACGGAGCGAAGUAUUGCAGUAACAAUAACAACCCAUUAACUUCUAAUUUCCCGAGUUUCAAACUUGUAAAUAAACUUUUUCGUCUUUUGAUGA